AUGACGAUACGAGCACUGUCACAGGUCUCCGUCGCCCGAAAUGGCGUCGGUGCCUUCAUCCUGCAGUGCAAGAAACUCGAUUUCCACUACUGUGACUGGGCCGGCAGUUCCCGCGGCAUGAACUCGUUCAUCAAGACCAAGCUCUCCAAGUUCGCAGCACAGAAUCCUGAAGUCGAGUUCACUGUGUCGCCUCGGCCGUCGCGGCACCCCGUCAUCGUCGGCCACUACAUCAACGGCAAGGAGCGGGCGAUCUGCGUGCGUAACAUGGACCCCAACCAGAUUCUCAAAAAGGCCGAGCUGCUGCGAGACGCAACGGGCGAGGUGAACAAGAAGUUCAGCAAGCCGGUGACCAGCACCAACCAGAGUGUGCGUGGCGUGUGGAGUCCAUACCACGGCUUCGGCAUGCAGGUGUGA